ACACUGCCACACAUUUUUCGUUUAACAUUUUUUUCUUUCGUUUGUGGUAGACAUGUUGAAUCAUAAUUUUUAUAUGCAGUUCAUCUAGUGCAGAGCAACCGUUUUGAACGACCGUUACACUCGUCCAAAAUUUUUUUUUGAAAGAAUACUUGAAGCUAUAAAAACCAUCGAGCUAACACCAAACCAGACCAGUUCCAUUUCAUUUCCCAUUGAUUGAUAACCGAUUAGACGCAGUUCACAGGUUCAUUAUCCACGGAUAAUUCAAUUCUAGUGAAUCGAAGUAGCGAAAUUCAAUCAAUCAUAAAGCAUAGAUUUUUUUUGUAAAUAGAAAAAUUGCUUCAAAUUUGGUGAUAACCGUGCUUUGUGUUGCGAAUUUCGGAAGAAAAAAAGUGUCAAGAAAUAAAAGAAAUUCAACGAAAAAUCGUAAAUUGUGUGCCGGGGGUGCUAGAUAAAUUCUUUUGCAAAAUAAGAACAUAGAAGAGCCAUAGCCAAUCAAUAAAAUUGUAAACUGGAGUGCGUAUAUAUGAUCAUAUAGAGGAUUAUUAAACUCUAAUUUUAAAUUCAUUUGCGGCACAAAUCGGAACAUUUGAAAAAAUGCAUGCCUGGCUCAUUCCAAUCACGAUAUUGAAUGUGAUUGUUGCCGUUCAAAUUGUAUCAUCACAAGUAGCACCGACAUCAUAUAAAAUUAUUCAACAUCAUGUACCAUCACAAUCGCAAUACACCACCUAUUUUCCAAAGAAACCAGCCUUUUUGGGGUAUACUCAUAGCACAACUCAUAGCUAUCUCGAUACCGGUACCAGAUCGAUUUUUAGCAAUUUAAUAGCCGGCCCAGCAUAUCCGAAGCAGUUAACGCAGCUAUCGAACGGUGUCCGUUGUGCCAUAUCGCCGCAGCGUUGUGUUAGAUCGCCAUAUCGUACGCUAGACGGAACUUGCAAUAACUUACAGAAUCCGAUUUGGGGAUCGGCCAACACCAGAUAUUCACGUCUCCUAUCGCCUCGUUAUGGUGAUGGGUAUUCUUCACCAACCAUUUCGAUUACUGGACAAGAAUUGCCAAAUUCUCGUUUGGUGUCGCUGAUUGCGUUUGGUGAGGCAGAUGUAGCGGAUCCGCAAUUCACAUUAGUUAAUAUGCAAUGGGGACAAAUCAUGACACACGAUAUGUCGAUGUUGGCCGGAUCCACUCAAUCAAAGAAACAUGGUACUCGCUGUUGUACGGAUGAAGGUCAACUUAUAACAACAAACGCACAUAAAACGUGCUUUCCGAUAAUCGUUCCAAAAAAUGAUCCUGCACAUUCCCAGACGAAUGUUCAGUGCAUGAAUUUUGUGCGAACAUUAACGGAUAAAGACCAAAAUUGUCCAGACACAUUGCCACAACAUCCGGCCGAACAGUUAACAGUGGUCACAUCAUAUUUGGAUUUGUCCCUCGUUUAUGGAAAUAACGAUGAACAAAAUCAACCAAUCAGAGCAUUCCACGGUGGUAGAAUGGCAGUUCUUGAAAGGCGUGGCUAUGAAUGGCCACCACAAGCACAAAAUUCAACUGCUUCAUGUGACACUCGGGAUCCCGAAGAAGUUUGCUAUCGUACUGGUGAUGUGCGUACAAACCAAAAUCCAGGGCUAACCAUUCUACAAAUUAUUCUGAUGCGUGAACACAAUCGUAUUGCUGAUGUGUUACAACAAAUCAAUCCACAUUGGGACGAUGAGCUAACAUACCAAGAGGCAAGACGCAUAAAUAUCGCUCAAUUUCAACAAAUCUCUUACUACGAAUGGUUGCCAAUAUUCUUGGGCGUUGCGAACAUGAUUAAAAAUCGUUUGAUUUACCAAAUCGAGCCAGGAAGCUAUGUGAACGAUUACGAUACAACAAUCGAUCCGUCGGUAUUGAAUUCCCAUGCCACCGCCGCCUUCAGAUACUUCCAUUCGCAAAUUGAAGGAAGACUCGACUUGAUAUCGGAGCAUCGAUCGAGCACUGGGUCGCUACGCAUGAGCGAUUGGUUCAAUAGGCCAGCCAUUAUUGAAGCGGGAGACAAUUACGAUUUCUUGAUUCGUGGCCUGAGCACUCAACCAGAGCAAUUGACAGACAUCAAUUUCGACCCCGAAAUCAAACAUUUCUUCUUCCGUCGAAAUAGGCCAUUUGGCGGCGAUCUGCGUGCUAUCGAUAUCCAACGGAAUCGUGAUCAUGGUUUAGCAAGCUAUAAUGAUUAUCGUGAAUUCUGCGGCCUACGCCGUGCUGAACGAUGGGAAGAUUUUCUCGAUUUAAUUUCACCAAAGAGCAUUGAAAAUCUACAAACACUUUACAAUAGUUUUGAGGAUGUUGAUUUAACAGUUGGCGCAUCGCUUGAGGCACACGUUGAAGGCACACUGGCCGGACCAACGUUCUUGUGCAUUUUGACCGAGCAAUUCUAUCGUACACGUGUUGGUGACAGAUACUUCUUUGAACGAGGUGACAAGGAAAUCGCCUUCUCAAGAAGCCAAUUGAUUGAGCUGAAGAAAGCAAGCGUGGCUCGUCUGUUAUGCGACAACAGCAAUCAUGUGAACAGCAUACAACCGCAAGCCUUCAGACGCGUGUCGAAAUCAAAUGAAAUUGUUCCUUGCUCAGCCAUUCCAUCGGUUGAUCUCAGUGCAUGGAAAGAUCAUUCAUUGCUGACAAACGCAUAUUCCGGUGCUCAAUCAUUCUUUUCGACCAAUCCAUACGUGAAAAAGUAGUAGUCUCAUCCGACGAACAUCGAAUAUUCCAAUUGACUUGAACUCGAUUUCUUUUUAAGUGGGAAAAAAAUUGAAAGUGAACGAAUCAAUCAACUUGCUAUUAAUGUUACCUCUAACUUAAUUAUCGUAAAAAUAUAUAACGUUUUUUUUUUUGGGGGGAAAAGCAUUUGCAACAAAACAUGACAUUUUGAUUCAUAGAAUUGCCAUUAGAAUUGUAUCAUAUUUGAAAAAUUGAAAUGAUAAAGAAAAAGAUUUUAAAAAAACAUGAAUGAAUAAAAGAAAAUGUUUUUUUCAAACUAUGGUACCAA